AUGAAAUAUUUACUUAACCUUUUCAAAAGAACAUUCUCAAACCACAUAAAAAAAAUGAUUCUACUGAACAAGAAAAAUAAAAGUUAUAAACAUAUUUUUCUAAACAUCAAGAAAAUAAAAAAAAAUACACAAAAUGAUAUAAAAACAAAAAAAUGUAUUAACAAGUCAGGAGAAAAAUAUAUAUAUAUACAAAAUAAAAACAACUUAGUCAGUACAAUAACACAAAAUGUUAUUAACAAGUCAGGUGAAAAUACAAAAUAUAUACAAAAUGAAGCUAAUUCAGUGAGUGUAAAAGCAAAUGAUUGUAUUAACGAGUCAGGUGAAAAUAAUAAAAAAAAAAAUAUAAAAAGUGAAAGUAUUGCCGAUGUGUAUAUAAAGCAGAAUGACAAUUUAAAAUUAAUGAAUUUAGGAAAUAAGAAAAAUUUAGAAUAUGAUACAAAAAUAGAAAUAAGUAUGAAUAAUAUAAAAUAUGAGGAGAUUAGAAGAUAUUAUUUAAAUAACAAUAAUAGUUUUAUAAAUUCGGAUGGAUUAAAAUGCAAUAUAUUAUCAGCUAUCCAUUGUGAUGAGAAAAAUAUUUUAUUUUAUUCGUUAGUGUUUUCAUUUACUAAUAUAAAUAAUAAUUAUAUAGAAUUGAUAAAAAUUCAUAUCAAAAAUGAAAAAACUAAUGAAACAGUUGUAAAAGAUGUUGAAUUUAUUAUAGUAAAUAAUAAAUGUACAGCACAAAAUGAAAGAACAUUUUCAAAUAUAAAAAUAGCAAUGAAAAUCCAAGAGAAUAACGAAAUUAGUAGAUAUGCAAAAGAAAAUACUUUUAUUCAAGACAUAUCAUUAGAUAAUAUAUUCUACAUAAUUGAAUAUAGAAUAUGGAAUAGUUAUACUGAUUGUAUUGCUAAUGCAAAUUUUAAUGCUUUAAAUAACUCACAUUAA